AAGAAAAAGAAAAAAAAAAAAGCCAGCUCGACCGGACCGAGCCGAGCCGAUUGGACAAUUGAAGCCACUGACUACUAGCCAAUGUCGCCCUUCCUCACGUCACGCGCCCCCCCCCCCCGGCGACCCCUCAACGGCUCGACCGUACCGUAUUACAUCCCACCCCCCCCUCUCUAUCUCUUUCUCUUUCUCUCUCCUCCUUACCCCUACUCUUACGGUUCAUGCCCCCGGCACACCUCAUCGCCGCAUCAACACUUAUCUCUCCUUCUUCUCUUUUCUCCUUUUUCUCCUCAAUACCACAAAAACCCUCCAUACACACCACCACCACCAACGUAAAUUCAUCCAUAUCUCGCCGCCGCCACCACCAUGGGCGACUUAACGGACACUCUGAUGCCGUCAACGACUCCUCCGAUUCCAACCCUAGCUUUAUCUGCGCCUAACGCUGCUACUCCGCAGUCCUCGCGUCCGUUACCUGUCCGCGAAGAUUGUUGGAGCGAGGACGCCACGUCGACGCUCAUCGACGCCUGGGGCCGCCGUUACAUGGAGCUUAACCGCGGGAAUCUCCGUCAGAAAGACUGGCAGGACGUGGCUGACGCCGUUAAUGCUCUCCAUGGCCAUACCAAGAAAACGCACCGUACUGACGUUCAGUGUAAGAAUCGCAUCGAUACGAUUAAGAAGAAGUAUAAGAUCGAGAAGGCUAGGGUUUCUUCCUCUAACGGAACCCUGACUUCGUCGUGGAUUUUCUUCGAUCGUCUCGACUCUUUGAUCGGAUCUAAUGUGACGGUUAAGAAGCCGACUUCUUCGACUCCGGUUCCGAUUCAGAUUCAACAUCCUCCGUUGUUGUCUCAGUCUCCUCCGGUGGGGGUUCCGUUGUAUUACAAGAAAGCGAUGACGCCGUCUCCGUCCAACGCUGUUGUGGCCGCCUUGCCGCAGAAGAGGCCGUCUCCGGCUAUGGACGAGGGGUUCUUCAGGAGGAAUUACUCGGCUAUGGCUGCUGCGGCCGCGGCGGCUGAGGCGGACGAUGUGGAGGAUGAGGAGGAGGAGGAGGAGGACGACGAAGAGGAGGGUGAUGUGGAGGAGAGAGAGAGCGAAGAGGUUGUGGUGGAGAGAGAGGGGAUGAGGAGAUUGGCGAGGGCGAUAGAGAGGUUUGGAGAAGUGUAUGAGAGAGUGGAGAGAGAGAAGCUGAGGCAAAUGGUGGAGUUGGAGAAGCAGAGGAUGCAAUUCGCUAAGGACUUGGAGGUGCAGAGAAUGAAUAUGUUCAUGGACACACAGGUUCAGCUCGAGAGGAUCAAGCAUGCCAAGCGUUCCCGAUCGAAUGACAUGUACAGCUAGCCAUGUGAAGACAGCUUUACCUGGGAAGCAUAUGUAGUAUCCUGAGUUCACAGAUGGUUUCAACGAAGUACAUAUUGGUCCAGCUGAUACUGGCAUGCAGAUGAGGUUGUUAAGAGUUAAAUCCAAAAUCAUCUUAUUUUAUUUGACCCAGCCUCCUUUUGUUUUCCUACUUAUUAUAAAGUUAAUUUGGGCAGCUGCACUAGGCCUAAAAAUAUUUGAUUCUAGCUGUAAUAACCUCUUAAUUUAAACUGCUCUAGUUUUCUGGCUUCAUUGUCUUGCAUUAUAUAUUAUAUAUAAGUUA